AUUGUGUAUUAGAGAUUCUGUUUGAACAAGUCUUGUGCACCUUUGAAUAACAAGUAUCAGUUUACCAAGUCUUGAAGCCUUUGCAUAUGGAGUAAUAAGGACUUCAAACAAUUGUUCGUGACUGUCCUAUCAUUCAUGCCUAUUUUGAAGGGACUGUUUUCAUUCUUGUCAAUUACAAAGAACAGUUUUGUUUGAGCUCUUCAUGACAGUGUCAAGUAAAUUGGAUAAGUGGAUCUAGUUUUUAGGACAGAGCUCAAGAAAGAACUCCAGCUAUCCAUUCCGAGGACACUUAUAUAACUAUAAUGGUAGUCUUAAUGUGGAAACUUUAAUUUGCAUUUCACGAAGUUGAGCUUCUUUAAUCUUUGUUGUAUUGAAUACCAGUAGAUAAGAGACUGCCAUUGAUAUAUUCUUAUAGUCAUCCUUCCUUGUAACUGAUUGCUGUAACCAGCUCCUUAUUUCCUUUCAUCCAUUAGAGAAUAUUACUUUUUACAUAUUCACAACCCUAGGAAGCAAACCAAAUAACAGUUCCACAUCUUAUUAUCUGUUUUGACUAUCAAUAGCACCCAUGGAGGAUAUCUAAUAUACUAGUCAACACAAAAUUAAUGAGCUGGGCAGUGUUUAUUCAUUAAACCCUCACUGGCCACCCCUCUGUAUCAAUCAGACAAAUGUGUGAGUUUCCAUUAUUGCCUUUGCACCCCUUUUGCCCGUCAUCUGCCUGAGCGAAAGGUCAGAAGCCCUUGAGAUUCUCCAUCGAUGAUGAUUGACUGACGUAGGGGGAUCCUUCUACUACCAAUAUAGAAUUCACCCACCAUCUGACUUCAUGUAUCAACCUUGGAUGGGCGUGUGUAUGCAUGCAUCGAUCUGUCCUGCUUGCUAGUCACAUCCAUACCUUGGAUUAGAAGAUGCAGUCAACAGUUCAUGCUGGUUCACUCUUGAUUUGGAAUUAUUGAUAUUGAUGCUCGCCUUUCUAUAACAAAAUAAUCCAAUCAUUUGAAGUUGAUGAAUCUCUGUGGUAUAAAAGCUUUGGAGCACCUUGGUGAUAUAGGCCCAACUGUUGUGAUGGUUUGACCUGGAGUGGAUUAGGAAAUGAUUUUUUUUAUUUCAAAGAUGGGAUUAAGGAUUAACGAUUAAGACAUCUCUUGGAUUAAAUGCUUAGUUCAGUCAUAGUGCUAUGCUCAGCCAUAAUCAGAGGAAGUUCCAGCGUGGCCUUUGUCUCAUGCAGGAGUUGUACUAAGUUCGAAUAGUGUCACUCUUGUCAGUUUGAUAUUUAUAAAGUACAGGCGACUUCAAUCAUUCAAUUUACCUUCUUCUCCAUGUUGGAUUGUCCUUGUUUUAUUUUGAUGAGGUGAAGAUAGGAUGUUGAUAAUGAGUGCUGAAAUUGAAAUGGCUUCAUUCAGAUUGAGUGCUGUCUGAAUCUGAAUACAUGCCAGCGAGAGAUAACAUUGCUGCCAGACCAUAUGCAAAUUCAAUUGAAGCACCUUAUUCUCUGAAUUUGUGCUACUCCCAUCUGAAAUUGUGUUUGAGCUUGUGAGAUUCCUUAUGACAGUCUGCACACUUAGUUAACCUGUAGCUGCACGACAUCUUAUUUUGAAAGAUUGUUGUUUACGUCAGAAACAAAACGGUUCCAUCUUGAUGAUUUAUUUUGCAUCAUGCAUGCUUUCAUGAAGCUACCAUUGUCGGUGGCUGCAUGCUAGAUUCUUCUUGCCUUGUAUUCUUUCAUGAUUGUAAUAUAGAGAAAGUUUUCCUGAAGGCAUAAAGAAUCAAUCAAUACUCUUGAGGGAUAGGAAGGUUCAUCAUAUGCAAUCAUCUUCUCACCAUCCCAGUGAAAUAUUUAUUGAAAUUGUAAGAAGGGACUGAGAUAGGAACUGCAUACUGUAGUACAUUUAUCUGUUGAGUUUCUUGUGCAUGUGCAGACCUUACCAAAUUUCUUGGUGCUUUUACAUAUUAUUGGAUAAUAACAAACAUGGAUUAUAAGCCUUCUGCAAUACCAGUGCCACGCAGAUCGCUUUUCACUCCAAGAUAUCCUCCUGCUAAAACAUCAGCAUCACAAGAUGAGACUGACAGUAAGCCUGCUGCUGUACAAAAGACUGCUCCUGCAAAGAGGCCUACUGCAUCCACAACACAACGAAAGUCCAUUAGUAGACCAUCAACAGGUUCCAGCAGUGGUGCAGUAGAUGAGAAUUACUUCCAAGCUGCCUAUGAAGAUGUCCCUAGUGUUUCAAUAUUCACAACAAAACAGCUGGAGGAUGAUCUGAGUAAGAUUUCUACUAUUCUAAAUAAUGAUAAAGCAGAUUGGGAACUUCGUGUGACAGCAUUGAAGAAAUUACGAGCAUUCAUCAUAGCCGGUGCAGCAGAAUAUGAAUGCUUUGGGCAAUCACUACGGCAGAUGGAAGAAGCCCUUAUUUUGUCGGUCAAAGAUCUAAGGUCACAGGUCUUACGAGAAGCUUGUAUCACAUUAGCGUUUUUAUCAAUUCGUCUGAGGCGGCAGUUUGACCAUGCUGUAGAGGUUGUCCUUCCCCAUUUAUUUAGUCUCAUUCAGAAUAGUGCAAAGGUCAUGGCCACAUCAAGCAUAGUUGCAAUAGACAUUGUCAUUAGGCAUACACAUUCACCUAGGCUUAUACCCAUUAUGAAAAGCAAUGCAACUUCUAAGUCAACUGCCAUUAGGAAGCAAACGUUUACAUACAUAAACACGAUAUUGAACGUAUGGGACACACAUGCAUUGGAGAGGCAUGCUAGCCUUCUAUCUGAGGUCAUUCACAAGGGUAUUGAGGAUGCAGAUUCAGAAGCUAGGGCUAUCUCAAGAAAAGCAUUCUGGAAGUUCUCAGAGCACUUUAAGAGCCAUGCCGACAAGAUGUUUAACAACCUUGAUGCCUCCAAGCAGAAGAUGCUACAAGGAGAGCUGAGCCAGGCAUCCAGCUGCACCUCCCUUGAUGGCAGACCGCUUUCACGAUCCUCCACCGCUAGUUCACAUGAAAACCUAAGGUUGGCUAGGGACUACAAGACUGCCAGUCUGCCAAGGAGAUCAGUUGCAUCGAGAGCAAGUCGCACUUCAGAUUCUUCGGACAAGCCCGCCCUCUUGAACCAACGUUCCAGCAGUGAGAUCAACUUGGCGGCUGCGUCAAGGGCCCGAUCACGGUACUCGUCGGCAGGUCAGAGGGCAGCCAGUGGGGCGGCAGCACGUAUUUCUAGAUCUAAAUCAACUUCUCGGGAGAGCUUGGCAAACGACCUAAUUUGUGGAACGAACAGUCGAGUAGCUUCCACUCCAUUGUCACCAAGACUUCAAGCUGCUACUCCCAGAGGAUCCUCUCUUCUUCAAACUCCUAAUGGUCGUGCAGGGAGAACACGAUCGAGAAUUGGGGUUUCCCAAUCACAACCUGGUAGCAGGUCUAACAGCCGGUCCAGCUCACCUUCGACAGCCUCCUCAAGAUAUUCCAACAUUCAGACCAACGGUAGGACAAGGAGGAAGAGUGGAAUCCCAGUGCCUCGUAGUCAAGGAGCAAGCAGAGAGGCCAGUCCCAACAGAUAUGGAUAUGCAAGUGCUCGAGAGAGGCGGCAGAGUGGAUCAUCUCUUGGUCCUGCACAGAGAGAGCCUAAAGAAAAGCAGAACAUCAUGGCCCAGAGAGUCCUGGUUCCUGGCCAAGAUGCAGAGGCUGCCUUAGCUGAUGCUCUGAUAUCUGCCCAGAGAGCCCUCAGGAGCAACUAUGGGUACGGUUACGAUUCUGAUUACUCCGACAAUUUGACCCAGAAAGUGAUGCAAAAGAAGAGAUAUGAAAACUUUUCAGAUGAUGAAAGUGAUGCUUCCAGUGUCUGUUCUGUAGGAUCCUAUGGGUCGGGACAAGCAAAGAUCAUUGAGGAUGUAUCAGAAGUCCUAAACAAGAUGGCAAGUCCUGCAUGGUCAGAGCGGAAAGAAGGAUUAAUAGGUCUUCAGUACACCCUACAUAGCAACAGAGCACUAAGUCGAUCUGAAAUAAAGAGAAUCACAGAGCUGUUUACAAGGAUGUUUGCUGACCCACAGAGCAAGACAUUCAGCCUGUUCUUAGAGACAUUAGGAGAGUUCAUCAUAGUGCACAAAACUGAGCUCCUAGACUGGUUAUUUGUACUCAUCACAAGACUAUUACAGAAGAUGGGGUCAGAUUUAUUAGGUUCUAUUCUCAACAAAGUUCAAAGGACACUAGAAAUUGUCAGGGAAAGCUUCCCAUAUGAGAUUCAAUUUAGGAUACUAACCAAGUACAUUAUGGACCAGACACAAACACCUAACAUGAAGACAAAAGUUGCCAUGUUACGGUACAUGGAGAGUUUGACAGAUGUGAUGGAUCCUGCAGACUUCAGUAACUCAGCAGAAACCAGGUUAGCUGUCUCAAGAAUCAUUGGAUGGACCAAAGAUGCCAAGAGCCCUGAAGUCAGGAGGGCAUCCCAAGCUGUAUUGAUAGCCUUGUUUGAACUCAACACCCCAGAAUUUAGCAUGAUGUUAUCUGUACUACCCAAGACCUAUCAGGAGGGGGCGACCAAGCUCUUGCGCAAUGAUCUGCGUAUAGCAUCCACCAUUGAUGAUGAGAUUACUGCUCAGGAGUAUAGGAGUAAAGCUUCCCCAAGAUCAGUCUUAAAAGCUUCCCCUCGAUCAACAGGAUCCUCACCCCGUGGCAGCUACGCCAGCAAUGGCCCUCCAGACACCGAGUUCCUCAACUCAGAAGACAUCUAUGACUCACUUCGCCGAACCACCGCUGAAAUACAGAACUACAUGCACAGUAGCCGUGAUGAUCUUGACCAUGUCGCAGUCAGCAAGGAAACGCGAGUGGACAGUGAUGAGGUAUUGCCUGACCUGGUGCCAGGCAUAAGAGUGGACAGUCCCGAGGGCAAGGUCAAGGAGUACCUGGAGUACCGCAUGGUACCUGACCCAGACUCCAUGCUGUCACCCCCACCAAUCACCCACAGUAGAUCAUGCGGGGACUACCGUACAGUAAGCGGUGCACGCUCUCCCACCCCACAAAAAAAGCUCCCAGCUGCCUCUUCCCAAGCUAAGUCCAAUAGCAAAGGCAGACCCACAUUGAAAAUCCCAUCAGCAAGUGGGCGGGGGUCACGCAACCAAUCCCCUGCUGCCAAGAACAGAGUCCGUGCACGUUCCCAGUCCCCAUCUCCCCCUGCUCGUGCUAAUCAAUGUUUCACAGAUUAUGAUCAUUCCUCUCCUACCCCACCAGUCUUCUCUCCUGAUGCCUAUUCUGAACCUGCCUAUAACCCCCUUCCUAUGUCCACCAAUGCUUUGUAUCGUGAGUCUGCUUCUCCUGUCUCUUCUCGUAAAAAUCCUCCAGCCUCAGGGGAUGGACAUGGCAUAGCAGAUACAAUGGGUAGAAUGACAUUGACUGAUGGAAAUUUUGAGGAUGAAACUUUCCAUGAAGAUCACCAAGAUAUACUGGUUCCUCUACUGACUGAACUAUCAAAUCACAAUGGAAGGUUUGAAGAGAGAAAGAAUGCCAUGAUGCAGUUAAUCCGCCUCACUCGGUCUGAAAGCCUGUCGCUUUGGGAUGACCACUUCAAGACAGUUCUCCUUCUAAUGCUAGAAACCUUGGGAGAUGUAGAGUCAUCAAUACGAGCCAUAGCAUUGCGUGUCCUUAGAGAGAUCUUGAGGAAUCAACCUGGUCGCUUUAAGGAUUAUGCUGAGCUCACUAUUCUCAAGAUAUUAGAGGCACAUCGCGACCCACACAGUGAAGUUGUAAGACAAGCAGAAGAGACUUCCGCCACCCUAGCUAUUUCCAUUGCCCCUAGCCAGUGUGUCCGAGUCCUAUGUCCUAUCAUCCAAACUGCUGACUGUCCUAUCAACCAGGCUGCCAUCAAGAUGUUGACCAAGAUUGUUGAAUUAAUGUCAGAAGCAGACCUAAUGGAAAUCUUACCUGAGGUGAUAGUUGUUCUACUCAAGUCCUAUGACCACACUGAGAGUAGUGUCCGCAAGGCCAGUGUCUUUUGUCUUGUGGCCAUUCAUAACAUCAUAGGUGAUAAACUCAAAGAGAAACUAGCAGAUCUACCAGGAUGCAAGAUGAAACUGUUGAACCUGUAUAUCAAGCGUGCUCAAGCAGAAAAAGACGCUCAGACGCCUUCUCCAAGUAGUCCUUCUGCUUUAUCAACUGGAAGCAGAUAGUACCCAUCUUAAUAUUAGACUUUAUACACCAGCACACAGACACACACAGGCAACUUUGGAUGGGACUGUUGGUAGAGACCUGAGCAUAGACUCUGAACCAGUGCACAGUCACAAUACAGUUUAUCAGUCAAAAGUGUGUAUUGGUUUCAAUUACCCCCAACUUAAUGUAGUGUCAGCUAACCCAGCAGCACCACAUAAUCACCUACAGGACAUGGUAACCUAUGAAUGGGACUGUACAGAGAGAACUAAUCAAGAACUAAUGAAGAAUCUACUUGGAAUUUUGUCUGCUUGACCUGCAAGAAACGGACAUAAGGUUUCCUUUAGCUAAUAAAUGCAUACUACUUUAUGUUUGACUGUUGUAAAGUAUGAAGAAAUCAAUCGAUUAGUCCAUUGCUGAUUUAUCUAUUUCCAUUAUUAGUAAAAUACAUUUUAACAGACCUUCAUUAAGUUGCUGUAAAUCAGGUAAGACAUUCAUAAACCCCCACAUAUUAUCCACAUUACCCUAAUACAACUCACCAUGGGUCCAACUCCAAGUGAAAUGGUCACCAAACCCUGCACCUUUAUCAACAUUUUCAUCCACAUCCAUUGAACCUGGCUUGAAUAUCAAACUCAGUUGAAAAAAGAAAGAUAUUUGAACAUUGAUAAAAAUUUAGAGGGUACAAUAUGUUACCUUAUUAUGUUAUCACAACUGAAGAUCAGUAUACCAUUCAACCCUAAUUUCUGAUAUAUUAGCUCCUCAUUGUAUCUGAGUCAGGAGGUCACUACUCUGUGUAAAGUAAUUAUAUCCCUUUUGUUAAUUAGUUUGCCAUGAGCUCUUUUAGUCUUGAAUAUCAAUCAGUUUUUAGUGAGAAACACUAUUUAAAGCAACAAGCAACACUAUUUAAAGCAACAAACAGAGAUACCUAGAUGUGGAAGUAGUUAUUGGAUAUCUUGCUUCAACAUUUUUAUAAGGAAGUAUUACGUAAAGAAAGACAAUUGGUGGUAUUGAUUCAACUUACAAAGUUUAGUAUUGAUUGUAUGUAGGAGUGAGUAAAAUUGUUUUGGAUGAAAUAUUGAACCUCACUGCCAUUAAUGAUGUUGCUGUAAUGGUAUUUUCUAGAUCUUUCAAGGAAGAUAAACUAACAUGUUUUUGGCUUGCCAUAUUUUGUAUUGUAUUCUUUGGAGGAGAGUGGAUUAUUUAAUAUGCACUUUAAUUAAUGCUUUUUAAGUUUGUAAGGUAAAUUUUUAAAAUGAUAAUAUAUUGACUAUUCCAGAGCAGUUUAACAAUAGAGAUCAAUUAAGUGGUAAAAGUGAGAAAUUAUUUUCAAAGGUUUGAAUUAAUAUUUACAUAUGGCUUACAAACCGUCUAGAUAUUUGUUAUUAUGAUCAAGAUAUGAUUGACAUUAUAUGCAUUUACGCACUGACACAAACAUAUCUGUUGGAAAAAUGAACUCCCAGAUGGUUCAAGAUGUCAUUAUUUGGAUGAUUUAAAUGUUAAUGGCUGCAUGUAUUUGAUUAUCGAGUUAUGCCAUUGAUAAGGCAAUUCCAAAGGUUUUUACUCCAUUUUAAAGAAUAGUUUGGAUAAUAUUGAAUCAUAAAUGUAAGUUUGUCUGAAACAUGCAACACAUAGAACUUAACUACAGCAUUACCAUUUCCCUACAUGGUAAUAAAAACUUCAUCAAAUUAGCCGAAGGAAAACCUGUGAAAUUUCCCUCUGCUUCCAUGCUCAUGCUGGCUUGUUUUUUUAUGUUUACAUUUCAUUUUUUUUUCUGUUUUUGGUCACUGUAACUCAUUUUAUUUAUGGGUCUUUUCUGCAUACCUUAAAUCACUAUGUAUCUCAAGAAUGCUUACCAAUCAUCAUACCUUACAAUACCUAUCCUUUCUCUAUAUCAUGGUCAUUACAGAUGAUGAAUCUUUGGUUAAAUAAAUAAAAAAUUCUGAACUGAUUAAUUGUGUAUUAGGGAAAAAAUAAAGAAAAAAACAGCAGUUAACACAAAUUGUUUACCUCAUGGCCAUUUUAUAGCAUUUCAUUUGUUCUAAAAACAAUAUUAUCCGAAUUCUUGACUGUAGCUUGUUAACAUUGUCAGCAAUGAUUUUAAUGUGAAUGGUAUACUUGAUAUCUCCAUUAAUGGUCUAUGGUAAAUAGUAUUCUAGCGCUUUGUGUACAGGCAAUCCCUACACAUUAAAAUGUUAUCAGUAUGGCUUACUAACCAUCUAUAGUGUACCCUUUUACACGAUUCAUCAUAAAUUAAUAUUGCAAGAACAAUGUUAGAUGAGGUGUUAAUAGAUGUAAAUGAUCCAUUAUUGGUGUCACAAGUAAGGCAUUAGAUCAGAUUCUAGACUUUGGAUAUUGACUAUGAUGAAGCUUCUGAAUUCAGCAGUGUCUAUUGUACAAACACAGAUGCAACAAAUUCAGGUGGUUUUUUUUUUAAUUAAUAGUGAGGAGCUUUUAUCUUUUUACAGGGCUGCCUGCUCUGUGUAUUUGUUUAUAGGUGUUGUUGUUAGAGAUGAUUCUAUAGUAGGUUCAGUUUAUUUAACAUACAAAUGAAUGUCUGAAGUAUCCUCAUACAUGAAAAAAGUUCAUUGAGAUAUUUCUGAUCAAUUAGUUUUAGACAGUGGUGUGACUUUUUAUUUUGUUCAAUGUUUCUUGUUUAUUUUUUUACGAAUGGUAAGAUAAUGCCGUGACUGCAUUAAAUAUGAUAAACUGACUCCUUCUGUUCACCCACACCCCUUAAAAGUAAUACAAUGAAUAACAAAAAAACAUUUUGAUCAUUCAGAACAAGCUAAGGAGCAAUAUCAAGCUAACACAUAUUUUUGUUGUCAAUGAAAAUGGAGUGGUUGUCUUAAACUACCUACAGAAGUAAAUAUUGUGGAAAUAUGAAUACAUUGAUGGAGCAGAUAUCGCAUGCUAAUUGUGUAUACUUCAAAUUCUUAUGAAACUUUGUGUUCUUGAAAGAGAAGUAGGAGAUCUUGCUAAUGUGAGGUACAUGUAUUUACACAUUUUAAGUUGAAAAGUGGGGGACAUCUUCUUUUUCUUUAUUUGUUAUAAACACUUAAAAUUGUAUGGAUUUAUUCAGGUGCGCUAAUAGAUAUCUCCCAAGUCUUGUUUACACAUGAUACAACAAAGCACAGCAAUGUUUUUCAGUGACAAAUUGUACCAUUUAUGAGUAUAAAUGUGCAUUGUAUGCUUCAAGAUUUAAAAAAAGUAGUCCAAAAUUGUGUAAACGAACUCAUUACAUAAUGAUAACUUAAUUAUGAUGUCGUGAGUCUUAUUUUCGCAACUCUGAACAGAUAAUUUUGGUUUAGCUUUGGUGCACCAUGUGUGGUGAACUUGCUUCGAAAUGAAAUAGGAUGAAAUUAACUUGCCUUCUUAAUUGUAUUUCUGUUUAAAGUAAUCAUGAUCAUUCAUGUUUUUCAUCACAAAACUGUACAAAGUGUAAAUUGAUGACAUAUUUAACAUAGAGAAAUUUUCAAACAAUUUACUUACAGAUACAGAGAGAGAAGGAGAGAGAGAGAAAGAGUGAGUGAGGGGAAGAAAGAUCAUUGCAAUGUGAGUUCCUUUGAUUUGGAAUCUCAUUUUCACCAUUGUAUAAAAAUGUAUAGUCCUAGAUGUUUUUGUGGUCUCUGGUGUUCUAAUAUGGACAAACUAAAAUCAACUCGACUUUUUUUAUGUGUGUCUUUCAGUUGUACUUUAACAGGGCUUAUUUAAAGAUAUUUUAAGAGAGAGUUUGAGUUGGUCGCACUUCAGCACAAUAAGGACAAGAAUGAUCUGUAAAUAUGUUGAUUUGUUUAUCCUUAUGUUGCCCUUAUAAAGUGUUCAGAUUCAUACCAGUUGAUCUGUGCAUUCGUGUAAUCAUGUCUUGAUUGAACCUAAUUUACAGAAGUGUCUUCAAACUUUUUUUUAUGUAUAAAUUUGAUGAUUGUGUGAGAUUGAAUUGUUAACAGAAGUGCUAUUAUUAUGCUUCCAAACUGAUUAGUGUAAUAAAUAUCGCUUCACUUUCUUUUGCAGUAUACUGGGCAAUGUUAGCUACAUCAGUAAGGGUUGAGGACGUUAUUCUAUAGACUGUCUGGUAGGAAUUUUACAUGUAUAAGUUGCUACAUUCAUCCGUUGAAUGGGAAGUAAUCCCCUUUUCAUUAUUUUUGGUAACGACCUGCCAUGUAUCCUGGUAUUCUAUAAAUUUUCAAGCCAUUUUUGUGUAAUACAGAAAACUUUCAUCAGUUGAGGAUGAUUGAAUGUUCAAACUUCUACCAACCUAUUUCUAUAGAAGGCAAGAUUUAGUCCACUCCUAUGAACUCUCAAGAGAUCAGUUGUGCAUGCAUAUGACUGAAUCAAGGAUAAGAGACAAUCUGGUCACCUAUCAUUGAUCUAGUGACUGAAAGGAUAGCAGGCAAGAAAGUAAUCAACACCAGUGAAAAUAUGUGAAUUAUCUCUUGACUUGAGAAAUUACACAGAAGUGAAGAAAGCUCGCAUUCUAUAUGAAUAGGUCGAUAGAAACUUGAACAUUUUAAUAUAAUUCACCAAACAUAGAUGAUAACUUGUUUUCUGUAUAUGCCCAUUAUCAAGAUCUCAAGAUGAAAUAUUGCAAUUUCCCCUUUUUAAAUUACACUUCUUACUGGGCAUGAUCUCUUGUUGAUGUAUCCAUCUUGGAAAAUUUAUUGUAAAUAUUUGAAUGGGAAGAGUCUGAAGCAAGAAAAUAGUUAAUGAAUUCAGAUUUUGUAUAUUGCUUUAUAGAUGUAGAUAAGGUUAUCCUGGAAUUGUGAGGAGAAAGAGAGCAAUAGAGAGAGAGAGAAAGGUGCGAGAGAGAGAGACAGAGUAAUAAUAUGAUGAUAUGCACAUGUAGAAUAACAUGUCUACUGGCUUAGUGGUACCUAUGAUUGCAGCCCAUUUUUGUGAUGUGGUCAGAGCUUUUGAAUCUAUCUGCAUGUUUUCAUUUUGAGUAGUUCUCAAGCAAUUACAUGCGAACAUGUGGCAUUUUUCCUAAACAA